GGGCCUGCGCUUCCUCAUUGUGACAGAGUUGAGUUUCAACAGAAAUACUCGCAUGUGAUGUUAAUGUUUUUUAAACCUUGGCGAAGUGCGAUAGACUUACGGGAAAAUCAUGCAAGUUGGAGAGACACUUUUGAAGUCUUUCAGCAAUCGUCAUCACUCGCCAUGCAUUUUAAAAUGAAGAACAUGCAAAUCAUGCAUGAGUGUCAUGACAGCCGCGAUGAU